GAGCCACGCCCCCGCCCGCCAGUUGCUAGGGCCGCGCAGUUGGGUGGCAACGCGGGCGCCUGUCCUAGCUGGGGCGCCAUGGAGGGCUCCAUGGUCCGGCGCACGCAGGAGCUGCUGGGCCGAGUGAUCCGGAAGCCGCCGCUGACCGAGCGCCUCCUCAGCAAGCCCCCCUUCCGGUACCUGCACGACGUGAUCGGCGAGGUAAUUAGAUCAACUGGUUUCAUGAAAGGACUGUACUCCGAAUCAGAGAUGAAAUCUGAUAAUGUUAAGGACAAAGAGGCAAAAAUUGCCUUCCUUCAGAAAGCCAUAGAUGUUGUUGUCAUGGUGACUGGGGAAUCCUUGGCAGUGAAGCCACAACGUGUCGUUGCUGGGCAUGAACCUGAACGAACCAAUGAACUUCUACAAGCAAUUGCCAAGUGCUGUCUCAAUAAGCUAUCCAGUGAUGAUGCCGUUCAAAAGGUUCUUGCUGGAGAGAAAGCGGAUGUCAAAGGAAAGCCCCCGUCUUCUUCUAAAUCCCAAAACAAAGAAAGCAAGGAGUCUAAGUCAGAAGAACAUAGAUCUCAUAAAGAGGGAGGAGGUCUCACUGAAAUAAAAGAUAAUGGCACAAGUCAAGACCAAAAACCCAAGGAAGAGCUGAAAGAGGCAGAAAGCAAGCGAAAAGAAAAAGACAGUGACAAAUCUAAAGAUUAUGAGAACAAACAGAAAAUUCACGAUAAAGAUGCUUCUAAAGAAGGUGAAAAACAUGAAAAGGAAAGAACCAAGAACAGAAUAUCCAAACAGGGAAGAGAGGCAGAGAAAAGCAGAGACAAAGAAAAAGGAGAAGGGGAGCAAGAAAAAGAUUCAGAACACACUAAAGGAAGGGACAAAGAAAGGAGACCUGAGGGGGGAAGAGAGAAAGAAAGACCAAGGGAAAAAGACAAAGAGAGAGGCCGUGACAAGGAGAAAGAACAUGAAAAGGACAGAGAAAGGGGAAAGGACAGGGAAAGAGAAAAACGAAGGGAGAGAGGUAAAGACACAGAGCAGGCACGAGAACACGGAAAGGACAAAGGAGAGAAAAAGUCCGUGGGAUCUGAGGACAAUGUAAUGAGAAAAACUGAAGAAAGAUCAACAAAAGAUAAGGCUGAGCCAGAUAAAGAAGAUGAAAGCCCAGUGAGAUUGUCAAAGCAACAUUCAACGAAGGGAUCUCGACAUCGAGCCAAAACCGGCAGUGAAGGACGAAAGGAAGCUAGUAAAAGUUUGUCUAGUGGUGCAUUUGAAAGAACAUCUAGCAUAUUAAAAGAGGAAGUUGAACCAGUUAUUGGAGUACAAGAGCCAGGUGAAUCAGUCGGCGAUGCAGAAGGAGACGCUCUGAACACCACUGUUGCUCCUGAGAAAAUAGUGCUUGCAGAGAACGGUGAAAUAGCAAAUGAACCUCCUCCUCCAGUCAACCUAAGAAGAUUGCCACGACCCAGCAGUGCAAGGCCAGCUCCACCCCGGAUAAAACGUCAAGAAAGUGCAGAAAUUCUACCGCCAGAAAGGAAUGGCAGUGCCAGAAUAGUCUCAAAUGUCAUUAUAGAUAAAAAGGAGGAAGAAGAGGAGGAAGAUGACCAGUUUGUGGUGGAAGCAGCAUCAGAGGUGGCUGAAAUGACAGAAAUGGCAACGGAAGCAGCAGUAGAUUUGGAAGGGAAUGAGAAACAUGGCGGGCUUGUCAAAAGAAUAUUGGAAACAAAGAAAGACUAUGAACAGUCACAGGUCCUAAAAUCUCCUGAGAAGGAGAAGCCACUUUUGUAUGAAUCAGCAAGGCGAAAAGAAAAGGAUCUAGUGUCAAAAGAAGUAGAGAAAUUCCGCGGCUCCAUUCAGGCACUUUGUCGGAGCGCUCUGCCUCUUGGAAAACUCAUGGAUUAUAUUCAGGAAGAUAUGGAUGCCAUUAAGAAUGAGUACCACAUGUGGAAGAAUGAAAACAAGCAGCUUGCGGAAGCCCUGCAGAAGGAACAAAGCAUCACCGAAAGUGCUGUGGAACCACUAAAAGCAAAACUUCUCGAGCUGGACCAGUUGAUCAAAGACGAGCAAGAUAAGAUUUGUGCUAAAAGUGCUAUUGUUUUGAAGAACGAUGAAAAAAUUCGGAAGAUGAUUCUUAAUAUCAACUCAAGAAAGUGAACAUUGUUAGAAUAAAAGGCUGGAACUCUUCCCUCCCCACCCUACACUGCAGGAAUGAAACAAAAUCAGCUUGUAUGCAAAUAAAACCAUUGCAUACAAUAUCCUGUUCAAUUUCAAAUUCAUAUAUUUAUGUUAGUGGCACUGUGUAGCUGAAGCUGGCCGUUCAUUCAGUGUAAAUGGGAAACAUCCAUUUUAACCUUAGAGUGGUAGCGUUUUCUCCUGUCUGCAGAAGUCAUUUUGCUGCAUACCUGCUGAUGAAGCUUAUGCCUUUUAUUUCUGGCGAAUCUAAGACAUUUCAAACAAACAGAAACUAUUCUGCUGCUUUAUUUAUUUGACUUUGGGAAGGUUGCAGUUGAAGUGGCCAAAACACAUCCUCAUGCAGGCAAAUCCAUUGAGCAAACUUGUAAAGAAAUCCUCGCGGACCAAGAAGCAAAGCUCUCUUUAACGCUGCUUCCUUGAAGUCACCUACAACCAUCAUAGAUUUCAGUAAAGACCAUGUCAAAUGCAAUCCAAACAUCAUCACAGAAGAGGGGAAAAGGCUGUUGAUCAACACCCAAAUUCCAUGUGCAUUGCCUUCAUUUACUUGGAAAUAAUUAGUUUAAAUGUAUUCCCCCCCCCCCACUUAAAUUUGGUCAUGUAUGUUUUUACAUUAAAGUAUUAUGAGUAUUAGUAAUCAGCUUGCUGGCAGGCAGGAAUGUGCAUAUGCCUCCCAAUGCGCUUUUGAAGAGUCUAUACUUGUCAGCACUGAAUAAUCUACAGUGGGACACAAACAAUGUACACUGUGUGUAAUUUGGAAGUAUGUUAAUGCUUCUGAAGUCACACCAUUAUUUCAGUUAAUGUGUCUGGCAUUUUGAACUCUUUUUCUAAUGCAUGCGAUUUCAAAGACUUCACUGUCUUUGUACUUGCAGAUCUACCAUCUCUCUUUUCCAGAGGCAUUUUCCUGGUGGUUUACUGGAUGCUAUGCAGGAUUGUAAACUGAUAUUUCUACAUUUUGGACAGUUUUGGAGAGGGUGGGGUGGAAAAUCAAGGGUGGGGGAUGUGUUCCACAUAAACAUACUUGCUUGGAAUUUAUGGUGAAGGAUAGUUGCCUGAGCCAUUUAUUCAACAACACUUACUGCUUGCUUCUGUGUGUGCCGACUGGCCAAGUCUUGGCUCUUGCUUCUUUCUGGCCACUGGGAUCCACUGACUGUGACGAGGCCACCCUAAACUGCUGCUGCAAGAAGCACUUCAGAAGUUUGCCCUUGCCACGUGGCAAAGUUCUGAUCAGCCCAUUUGGACAAAAAGAUUUUGCAGUUUGAGAAAAGAAUAUACAGGUGGUAAUUUGGGGGAACUGCCAUGAGGCAUCAGCAUAGAUGUUAGGUGUACGGAUGCUGCAGUCUCUCUUGAAAACGCUUGGUACAUACAGCAGCCGCUGCAUUUGGACAAUCGUACAGUUGCAACUUAAUUCAGUAUCUGAAAUAUCCUGUCGUGCUUCUGAAUGGAUCUGUAUAUGUGGUCAGGACUGGUUGUGUUAGAAGAAACAAGCGUAUACUUUUGUGAGUAAAACAAUGAACAUCAUAAAAUGUAAUUUGUAUUAUAUGUUCUUUUUAUAUAAAAUAAUAAAUGAGCUAUUUUUUCCUAAA